AUGGACGACAUACUGAUUGCCGCACCCUCGGGAGGUCAGGUAGACCAGUUAGUGUCAACAAUCACAGAGACUCUAAAAGCAAAUGGCUUUGAAAUCGCGAGUGCAAAAAUAAAAAAGGGGCCAUGUGUAACCUUUUUGGGGGUGGGGAUCACAGACUCUUACAUAUCCCCUCCCCAGAUAAAGAUCCGUCGGGACAUCAAAACGCUCCAUGAUGUGCAGCAGCUGGUGGGAUCCCUGCAAUGGCUCCGCAACAUCGUCCUAAUCCCACCUGAGAAGAUGACCCCCCUGUAUGAUCUCCUGAGAGGGAAGAAUCCAUGGGAACACAAAGCCCUGACAGCAGAAGCAAUGAACUCUCUUGACUUUAUCGAACAGCAGGUAUCUUUAAGUUCUCUCGCCAGGUGGAAGCCCCAGAUACCACUCAAUCUGUACGUGCACUUCACAAAGGGAGGGGGGGUAGGAGCACUGGAUCAAGGCCCCCCAGGAAAAGCUCACCCAAUACAGUGGAUAGUCCUGGGAAAACAUACAAGUGCAUUUUCCCCAGGAGCUGAAUACCUCAGCAGCCUCAUUAUGAAAGGCAGAAAACUUGCUCUGAAACAUCUUGGCAUUGAACCAGCCAGAAUAUUCCUGCCUUUCCGCAAGCAACUCUCUACACAGUCAACAGUGAUGUCAGAAUACCUGGCGACAGCCCUGGUUGGGUUCGGCGGAGAGAUUCAAUAUUCUGCAAAGCCCCCUUGGACUCUGCUAGCUGUUGUCGACAUGGACCUACCACAAAAGGUCAUGGACCGGUCCCAGCCAGGACCAACAGUCUUCACAGACACAUCCUUGACAACCUCCACUGCGGCUGCAGUGUGGCAAUCAGAGGAUGAGUGGCACUGCGUCAAAAUGACUGAUCAUACACUCUCAGUCCAGCAACUGGAAGUAGCAGCUGUGAUACUGGCAUGCGGACUGUUCCAAACAGAGCAUCUUAACAUUGUAACUGAUUCAAUGUUUGUAGCCAAGCUUUGCCUGGCUAUGUCAGGACCCGGCAUAUCAACAUCUACAGCAGCUCUAAUCCUAGAAGUGCUUUCCUCUCGAAAAGGUACCAUAUCAGUCAUCCAUGUUAACAGCCACAAUCCAAUCAAAGGGUUCUUCCAAGUCAGCAACGACAAAGCAGAUGCUGCCGCAAAAGGAUUGUGGACCCUACAAGAAGCUCGUCAGCUACAUGAAACUCUGCACAUCGGAGCCAAAGCACUAGCAAAGAGAUGUGAAAUCUCAGUUGCUGAUGCAAAACAUGUAGUAGCUUCCUGCCCCCACUGCCAAAAAGCACCACUGUGGUCCUGUGGAAUCAACCCCAGAGGCCUUAAAGCCUCAGAGAUAUGGCAAACAGACUUUACAUUGUGCCAGCUGUUAAAACCCUGAGCAUGGCUUGCAGUAACAGUAGAUACAUACAGCGGAAUGAUUGUAGCCAUGCAGCACCUGAAAACCAACUCCAAAGCAACCAUCCAGCAUUGGCUAACAGCCAUGGCUUGGCUCGGCAUCCCCAAGCAAAUCAAAACGGACAAUGGUGCAAAUUUUAUCUCAAAGCCGAGCCAGGAAUUUGCCUCCAAAUGGGGAAUCACUCUAGUGCAAGGCAUCCCAUACAAUAGCACAGGACAAGCCAUCAUUGAGCGAGCAAACCAAACCUUGAAAACCAAGCUAGAAGUGUUAGCAAAGUCAGAAAGCAUUACCAGUUCCAUUCCCCAAGCAGACCAGGCGCACUUGCUAGCAACUGUACUGUUAGCACUGAACCAAUUCCCUAGGGGAGAUGAAACAAACAGUCUCUCCCAAAAACACUGGGCCACUCGAGCUCUAGAAGAGGACCCGCAGGUCACAGUCAGAAAUGAGUUAGGGGAGUGGGAGCAAGGUUGGAGAUUAGUACUCUCAGGGCAAGGGUAUGCUGCAGUGAAAAGAGAUGGUAAAGUGGUGUCCACUUAA